UUUUUCGGUGGUCACAGAGAGGAGUAGGAGACCUCACUCACUGACUCUGGCAGUGUGAGGGACUGAGGAAGGGCAAAGAAACGUAUAAAUCCCAUCUUACACACAGCAGGCUGUGAGCUGGGAUGGUAGCGGAGGAGAUCGUGGUCUGCCUCUCAGGAGGAGCUCCGUGGGGCUUCAGGCUGCAGGGAGGAGCCGAGCAGCAAAAACCUCUACAGGUGGCCAAGGUACGCAAGCGCAGCAAAGCAUGUAGAGCAGGACUGAAAGAGCAUGACGAGCUGGUCGCCAUCAGUGACCAGAUGUGCGCUGAUUUCAGUCAUGCUCAAGCCAUGAGCCUCAUAGAUACACAGAGCGCUACACUCAACCUGAGGGUCAAAAGGGCUCCUUCUGGUUUCCACGCAGCAUCAACCCGCUCCUCCACUAGGGUCCUGUCUCCCACCUCCAACCGUUCCUCCAUCCUCUCCCCCACAGGGGUACCAAGCGGCAUCACUUCCCCGCCUGACAGCAAGGCUUACUACGGAGAAACAGACAGUGACGCAGACACACAGUCGCACACACAUCGACGCCAACGUCGCACACCCCCACACGCUCGCUCACCUGCUCGCUAUGACAACCAGGAAGAGGAGGAGACGUCAGAGAUGAGCGGGUAUGAAAGCGCCACAGAUGCCGGGGUUUCCCUGCAGGGGCAGUGGGAUGGUCAGACUCUUCUUGGCGUACCUCGCAGAGAGCUCAUCUACCAGCCCCUCCAGACCGACUGGACCACUCCAGCACACACUCCACACACUCUGACCCCUCACUCGCUAACACCCACCCCUGAUCAGGGGUUAGCUGAGGGGGAGGGAGAGGGGGACAGCGGCUUCCAGGAGGCGGGGGUCGUCAUCGGGCUGACCUGCCCGCCUCUCGUGUCUCCUGAGCGGGCUAAAGAGGCUCUGAUGUCGGGCUCAGGUAAACAUCUGGUGCCGAUGGUGGGACCACAGAUGACCCCUCUCAGUGAUGAGCUCUCAACCACUUACAAGGAUAAAGCCCGGCAAGCCAAGUUGCAGCGUGGGGAGAGUCUGGUGGAGAAACAGGUGAAAGAAGCGCGUACUAAAUGUCGCUCUAUUGCCUCUUUGCUGACUGAUGCCCCCAACCCCAACUCGAAAGGGGUGCUUAUGUUCAAGAAACGCCGGCAGAGGGCCAAGAAAUACACACUGACCUGCUUCGGCAAAGUUGAGGGAGACAGAGGAGGUGAUACAGAAGGGGAGACAGAGGAGGAAGGAGGAAGUUCAGUUCUAAGUGGUUCAGAAGUAGAUGAAGAAGGAUUCUCAGCAUCAUUCGACCCAACGUGGGAUACAGGUUAUCUAGAUCUGCUUGACAAGCGAAGCUCUGCUUGCCCAUCAACAACACCAACUACUCCUACAACGCCAACAGCCAAUCAUAGCUUUGGGCUAGACGUCUCAAACUAUCGUAGUCCAGGAGUUGUGAACCCGGUCAAUCAAAAUCCAGGGUUGGAGAUAUCAGCGCUGGAGAGCUUAGCCUAUCAGGGCUCCAGACUGGAGAGCAGCUUCACAAAGCAGCCUAUCAGUAACAAUCCUUCAACAAUGUCUCCUCCUGCUGUUGCUCUGACCAAUGGGGGGUCAGUAGCUGUUAGUCGUGCCAGUGUUGUUUUGAGUCCCCCAACUCAAACGCACCUUCCAAGUCAAAAUGGGCAACCUUUCAACCUAUCCUACUCUAAUCUUAGUACUAGCCUUAUCACUGACUCCGAGCUGAACCUGAACGCCAAUUUCAGCCCUACUCCAGGUGUUCUGAACCGUACUGCACGCCCCUUCACCCCGGGCCCUUCAUCUUCCCGUGCAAACGUUACUUCUGUGAUGUUUCGCCCUCCCCAACCUAAACCGGCAACUAAACCAGUAGCUGCAGUCUCCAUGAUGACCAUACAACCUUCUCGCCAGUCAUCAGGGCCAGAUCCAAGGAGAGCGGUAUCUAGCACCUCUCUGUACAUCUCCCCAAGAAACACGAAUGGCAACACUCCCCCCUCUGGGAACUCUCCUCCCUCCUCUUUGUCUUCUGCGCCAUUCUCCCAGCAUACACCAAAUCCACCAACAUUUUCCCCUCAGCCUGCAGUAUAUGCUUCCCAAUCCACUCCAUUCUCUCCUUCAGCACCUCAAAGCACCCUCGUCUAUCCACCACCUGCUCAACCUUUCUAUCCUCAACCUCCUAUGUCAUAUUCAUCUCACCCAUCUCCUUCCACCCACACAGCUGCUUCUCCCUUCUCUCCACCACAUGCACCUGAUCUGACUCAUGCUUCUUUCCAUACCCAGCCAACCCCUCCUCCUCCCAUCGCCCAACUUGGUUCAUCACCAUCUGUCCACCCCUACGUCAAUACAACAGGUGUAAUGACUCCUAGUUCCUAUGCUGUCAUGGAAACUGCAUCACCUCCGCAAGCUCCUGCAGCUGAUUCAAUAGAGUCACGAGAGCAGCGCAUCUCUGUCCCCGCCACUCGCACUGGCAUCCUGCAUGAUGCCCGUCGUCGAGCCAACAAGAAGCCAAUGUUUUGUGCAGUCCAGAACAAAGAUAUUAAUCCAAACCCUGACCUGAUGUCAAUGGUCCAGAACAUGGAUGAUCAUUUUGAGAGAACCCCAGGUGCAGAAACUGGAGCUCCACCCAGUGGGGAAACUGGACAUGAGUCAGGGCCUGAAGAGGAUUGGCUGAGGCUUGGUGCAGAGGCUUGCAACUUUUUGCAAGCUCAGAAGGGACCAAGACCACCUCCAGUUGCUCCGAAACCACAGGCACCUCAGGUGCCACAGCUGGGAGGGAAAGGAGGCCAACUGUUUGCCCGUAGGCAAAACAGGAUGGAUCGAUAUGUUGUAGAGCGAGCCCCCUCUGUCGCUGCCGCACCUUUCUCCCCCGCCCACACAAGGGAGCCCUCACCCACACCUUCUCUGCCUGCCACCUGGAAAUACUCAUCAAACAUCCGUGCUCCCCCUCCCAUCAGUUACAACCCCCUACUCUCUCCCUCCUGCCCUCUGAAAGCCCAGAAGAAGGCAGAGGUGGCAAAGUUGGGGUCAGCUGGAUCCAAAGGAAAGAAAGCUGCGGCAAAAUCCGUGGACAUCAUGAACCACCAGCCCUACCAGCUCAACUCCUCUCUGUUCAGCUAUGGGGGCGGGGUUCCCCAGAAUACCUCCACCUAUCAGCAGCAGCAAGGAAGUGCAAGUGGUCCUCAGAAGACAGCAAGAGUGUAUGAAGUAAAGCGAUUCUCAACACCUCCCCCAACAUCCACAGGGCCAGCCCUCAAAGUUAUCGUACCUCGGUCAGCUACAACACUCGGAGAACCUCUGUGGCGCUCUGAUAUGACAUCUCCUCCACCUACAGCUGGUCAAACCCCCUAUCAGGCCUACCAAACUCAACCUUUCCAAUCUCAACCCCACCCUUAUCAACCUCAACCCCAACCUUACCAACAUCAGUGGGCACCCUCCCCUAUGUCUCCUCCACCUCCCCCUGCCCCCACUGCUCCACUCCCACAGCUUCCCUCCUUCUCCUCAGCUCAUGCUCAAAAUCUUGUCCAGUGUCCUACUUUCUCACACCUUCAGCUCUCCAACACCGCCCAGGCCAACAGGCAGUUUAAGAGUGCCCCAGAUCUGAGUCCUCUGAGCCCCACUGGUGGCUCUCUGCCAGUGUCUAGCAGCACUCAACUGGCCAGGGUCCCCAAGCCCAGGUUCAGCACUUCCAACCUGGGUCUGCAGCCUAGUGUCUGGCGCCCUGGAUCUACUGCACACUGAACUCUGUUCUGGACAUUUCAAACCAUGGCUCUGUGGGAGCGCUGAGGAAUGUUUUCUAUGUGUUUUUAGUAUUGUGUUAUUGUUAAUCAGGGCUGCAGCUGUCUUUUUUAUCAGCCGUGUUUUAGCACAUAAACCUUUUAGAAUGGCCACCCAAGUAGAAAAUUUAACAUUUAAUCUUUUUGACCCAUUUACAGUAUCUUGUGAUUUAAAAAAAACAUUUUUUAGGGAGAACUGUGUUUUAGGAAAUGCGACGAGGUCACCUGAGAAAAGUUGAAAGAAUUGUCUACAAUGGCAGAAUGAAAGGACCAGCUGAGGGAAAUUAAUAAAAAUGCACUGAUUGAUGAUGAACAUAAAAAAAAGAAGAAUCGAGGACGUGAAGACAAGACUGUUGAAAGAGGUGUGGUCACCAAUGAAAAGUAAAGCACUGAUGAAGUGAGGUUUUUUUUAGACAAUAGCUUAUGAGCUGUAGAAAUGCAUGUUGGACUUGUAGCCUCACAAUGUGUACACGUCAUGUAGUACCUGUUGCGAUCCAGAAAUAUCAUAUUUGAAAGGAUGCUGACUAACAAAUUUAACGUCCUGCUAUUGCUUUAAUUCACAACAUUCACUCAGAUUAAAUUUUCCUCUGAUGUCAAGUGGAGAAAAGAAGCCGGUAUUAUCUUUUACAGUUGUGUUCCAGGUUAAAAAUUGUAUAAAGGGGUGCAGAUGUCCUAGCAGAGGUCGCGCCGCAUGUACGGAGGCCAUGGUCCUCCAAAUGGGCGGCCCGGGUUCGAGUCCAGCUUGUGGCUCCUUUACAUGUCAUAAUGUUGUAUAAACAAAAACAAAUCUGGCAAUCACUAUAAUUUUACUACGUCUCAAUUUAUCAGAAAUGUUUGAUUUUAUUAUUUUUGUUUUAUGUUAGCAUUGGCCAGUUCAUAGCAUUCCCUUUAUUAGUUAGGAAGAGGCUGAAUGCAAACAUUAGCUGUUGUCAGACAAUAGCUAAUGGAUUUCAAAUGUGUUUAAAUUUAAUCUGGCCUGAUGUUAUUUUUGAUUUUCACUGUAAAUUGUCUUUUUAGUUGGAUAUUCUUAAAAUUCCUGAGGUUAAUACAACACAGUACAACUUUGCAGAUUCAUAUGCUUCCCACUCUGAGUGUGACAACAAAAGUCCUGCCAUUUGAAUAUGAUCAAUUCCCCCCUCAGAAAUAUACAAAUAUUAGAAUUGUAUUCAUAUUUCUGUUAUUUUUUUAGUAUGCAUAUAUGCAGCGGUUUGUGUUUUGUUUUCUGUAGUUUUUCAUUUGUCGAGAAGAACAGCUGUUGUAAAGGGAAAUCUUUUACAGUAUAGCAUUUAUUUUUUGAUCCGUUGAUAUGAUACAGGAGUGCUAUAACAUGUCUGUUUAGCUGUGAUUCUUUUCCACGGAGACUGAGAGACUGAA